UAGUUUAUUUAAUUGCAAGCAUAUACAAUUUAAUUUUUAAUAAUAGUUGUUUUGGGCAACUGUUUCACAAAAUUCUUAAAAAUUAAAACUUUGCUCUUAUGAGCUGGUAUAACCCAGCUCUAGCACACCACUGGAUAUAUUGGAAGAUAUCUGAUUCAGUGUGUAAUUUUUUCAUAUUCAAUCAAAACAUUGUAAGAAUUUGGUUGAAAACAAAGAAAUCUAGGGAGAUUUCUCCUGUUGAUGUGUCUUACAGGAUGUUUGUUACAUUAUUGUGUUUCUCUAUAACUUGGUCUAAAACAAACAUUAAGUGGGGCGCCUGGGUGGCUCAGGCGCUUAAGUGUCUGACUUUUGAUUUUGGCUCAGGUCAUGAUCUCAUGGUCAUGAGAUCAAGCCCUGUGUCCAGCUGUGUGCUGAGCGAGAAGCCUGCUUGGGAGUCUCUCUCUCUCCCUCUCUCUCUAUCCCUCGCUUACUCAUGCUUUCUCUCUCUCAGAAUAAAUACAGAAACAUAAAAAAAAUACAACAAACAUUAAGCAACCUAUUAAUAAAGCUAUAAUAAUAAUGGGCACCUGGAUGAGAAAUCCAGACUUCCCUCCUUUCCUUCUCUACUUUUUUUCCCUUUGCCGUUCCCUUCUUUAGCCUAUAAAUUUUAUUCCCCCCACCACUUAUUUUUGAUCUCCAUUCCUAUCCUGUCCCUUGUCUUCAUCCUGAUUUUCUCCAUUUUGUUGUCCCCUGUUCUUUCCCCUAUGUUUUUGUUUUCUCCUUUAGAUUUGCUACCUUUUCUGCUUUUAAAAGCCUUCCAUUUUCUCUCUUUCCUUUUUAAAAUUUUUUUUAAAAGCUUAUUUAUUUUUGAGAGAGAGAGAGAGAGAGAGAGAGAGUGAGGGACAGUAGUAUGAGUGGGGGAGGAGCAGAAAGAGAGGGAGACACAGAAUCUGAAUCAGGCUCCAGGUUCCACGCUGUCAGCACAGAGCUUGACAUGGGGCCUGAAACCAUGAACCGUGAGCUCAUGACCUGAGCCAAAGUUGGAUGCUUAACCAACUAAGCCACCCAGAUGCCCCUCUAUUUCCUUCUUUAAUCUUUCUUAUUUGCUUAUCUUCCCUCUUCUUUCCCCCAUUCUACCUCUAAUAUGUAUAUGUAUAUGUAUACAUAGGCUUAUCCCUAAUGCCUUUGGGGUAAUUUCUGAGGACACAGGUCCAGAUAGAUGUUUCUACAAUAGGGUCAUUUGAAGAGUGAAUAGGAUUAUUUGAGAAAGGGAGCAGGAGUUGGAAUUAGAAGAGGUGAGGAAAUGAGAAAUAUCAAUAUUUUGCAUUAGUGGGGAAAAUUCUGUGGGUGAACAGGAGUUCCAGUUUGUUGGCUAAUUAUAGGAUGGUCAUUAAUUAGCUUAAGGCUCUAGCCCUAUUUGUUCAAUAUGGUAACCACUAGCCAUAUUUGGCUGUCAAGUGCUUGAAAUGUGACAAGUCUGAGUUGAAUUGUGGUAGAAAUGUAAAACACGUAGCAGACUUCUAACAUGCUGUAUGAAAAAAAAAAAGAAAUAUCUUAAUAGUUUUUAUAUUGACUAUAUGUUAAUAUUUUGAUACAAUAUAUCAAUUGAUUCAGUAUAUAUUGAAACUAACUUAACCUGUUUCUUUUUGUCUCUUUAAAUGUAGUUACUAGAAGAGCACCUGGGUGGCUUAGUCAGGUAAGCAUCAGUCUUCAGCUCAGGUCAUGAUCUCAUAGUUUGUAGGUUGGAGCCCCAUAUCCGGCUCUGGGCUGACAGCAUGAAGCCUGGAGGCUGCUUUGGAUUCUGUGGUCUCCCUCUCUCUCUGCCCCUCCCCUGCACACACUGUGUCUCUCUCUCUCAAAAAUAAAUAAACAUUAAACAAAAUAAAAUAAAAUAAAAUAAAAUAAAAUAAAUAUAGUUACUAGGUAACUUAAAGUUACAUGUGUGGCUUUCAUCAUCUAUAUUCUAUUGGACAGUGCUGCUCUACUCAUUGAUCAUGAAGUAUUUACCAAAUCUCUGCAAAGUCUUUCUUUAGGUUUCCAUUACAUAUUUAGGACCAUUCAAUUUAUUUGUUCAAACAAAAAUUUUUUCCCUUCCUUAUACUUGUCAAGUAUAGUAAAUGAAUGAUAAAGUAUUAGAAUUUCCUAACCAUGUGAGAAUUUUGUUACCUUUUAUUUUUGAGAAAUAUUAAUUCAGAAAAAAUACACUGUGUCACUAUUUUCUCUUACUGAUAUUUAUAACUAAACUAGAGGAACUUUACUCAACACAUACUCAGUACUAGACUAUGAGCUAGCCUGCGGUGACUUUAAGCAACCCCAGUCUCUUCCUUCCACCAGCUGGAAGCCUUGAAAUACAGGACUUUCCUACCUGCCCAGAUCAGGGACCUAGGCCUUAUCAAAGGCAAGAUGUAAAAUAGGCCAGUAUACUAUCAGAUAUGGGUCCUCUGCCAAAUAGAGAUACUCCAUUUUGGAGCUCCUUGGAUACAAAGAUUCAAUAAGAUUUCUUACCUUUGGGAAGUACCCUCAUUAUGAGCCUCUGUCCUGCCCAUAAGCUAUAACACUAAGAACAGGCUGUAGUAAGAAAUAGAAGCAAAGGCAGCAAUAAAGAGAAGCUGGCAAUAGAAAGAGGAGCAGAUUAAGAAAGAGGAAGAGUCAAAGAGAAGUUGACUCAUUACUAGAGUAGAGAACAGCCUUUGCCCACUUUGGAGGAUACAAUAAGAUGGUCCAACCAGGGCUACUGUGGCAGCCAUUUUUUUUUUUUUUUUUUUUUUUAAGUUCUCUGUGAGAUCUGGUAGCCUUCCUUACUUCUGGAGUAUCUUUAAAAUAAACCUCCAACCACCUAAGGUAACAAAGGGUUCUCUGUUCACUGAAACUUAUAUAUGAAGGAUAUCUUAAGAGGGGAAAAUUAUGUGAAAGAGAGAGUGUAUGUGUUUGUAUGUGUGUACGGAGGUGUUACCAUGGCAGAUAUCUCUGAAGCUCAGAGUAAGAGAAGAGGGGAAAAAAGGGACAGAUAAAGGGGAAAGAUUUUUGAAGAGAAUAAAAAAAAUUAUACCCCCAAAUUAUCAGUGAAUAUGGUUUUGAGCUUACUGUUACUACUGCUAAGUGUAAAUAAGGAUUUAAAUAUUUAGAAAUUCCAGAUGAAGGCAGAGAGAGUAGUACAUAAACUUUUGGGCACCUGGAAUAGUGAAAACACUGUGGCCUUUGACUCAGACAGGCUCAGUUUUGAAUCUUGACUCCAUUUCUUACUGGAUGAUUACCUAGGGCAAGUUUCUUAUUCUCUCUGGACUAGUUUCAUCAUCUGUCAAAUGGGAAUUAUACGCAAGUUUUAUGGAGUUUCUGGUGAGGAUUAGCCAAUAUCUUGUAUGUAAUACUUCCUAUAAUACUUCCUGUAUUUACUUUAGAAAAGUAAAUCAAGCUAUCAUGAUGAUGAUGAUGGUGAUAAUGACACAGAAUACUGCUUUAAAAAAAUAUGUAUUUAUUUUGAGAGAGACAGAGUACAAGCAGAAGAGGGGCAAAGAGACAGGGAGAGAGAAAAUCCCAAGCAGAUUCCGUGCUAUCAGCACAGAGCCUGAUGUGGGGCUCGAUCUUACCAACUGUGUGAUCAUGACCUGAGCUGAGAUCAAGAAUUGGAUGCUUAACGGACUGAGCCACUCAGGUGACCCCAGAAUACUACUGUUUAACUGGGCUCCACUUGUUUUUGAUUAGUAAAUUAAAAAAUAAGUAAAGAAGGGGCACCAGGUGGCUCAGUCAGUUAAGUGUCUGACUCUUGAUUUCAGCUCAGGUCAUGAUCUCAUGGUUAGUGAGAUAGAACCUGAUAUCAGGCUCUGCACUCACAGCGUGGAGUCUCUGUGGGAUUCUCUCUCUUUACCCCUCCCCCCUCUCAAAAUAAACAAACUUUAAAAAAUAAGUAAAAGAAAUUCCAUUCACCAGCAGGGCAAAGUGUUUAAACAUUUUGAGCUCUGAAAAAGGAAGAAUAUGUCUUUGGACAGCAAAAAAAUAUAUAAGUAAUUUUUUCCAUAAGAGGACCACAAUAGAAUGUGAGUGUCCUGAUGAUAGUGGUUUGAGAACUUCUGAAAUGAAAGAGAUUUUAGAGCUUAGUUCAUCCAACAAACUAGGAAUUCCCUCCCCACACUCCUAAUGGGUGUGCCUCCAGUUACCUAUUUUUAUAGACAUGUUUGCAUAUGUUUAGUGUGCAGUAGACUGUUCAUUUUCUGUUGUUGUUUUUCUCUAUGCUGUUAUUUAUUGUAUGGUUUCCUCCUAAAGUAUGUGCAGAAAUACAUGCAUUACAUUUUUUUAUGAAAAACCCCAAUGUUAUUAUUUUGCUUUUGUUUUUAUUUUUUUUUUAGAGAGAGAGAGCACAAGUCGGGGACAGGGGCAGAGGGAGAGAGAGAGACUCUUAAGCAGGCUCCAUGCCCAGAGCAGAGCCUGAUGCAGGGCUUGAUCCCAUGACCAUGAGAUCAUGACCUAAGCCAAAAUCAAGAGUAGUUGGAUGCUUAACCAACUGAGCCACCCAAGCAUCCCCCACCAAUAUUAUUGUUUAAAAAAAAAUCUCAUUUUUAAGAUUUUAUUUACACUAAAUAUUUAGGUGAUACUGCUGGAUAUCACUAGUGAAGAUAAAAACUUCCAAAUGGAUUGUCCACAAGAGGAAUGGCCAAUUAAAAAAUGAAUGAAUGAUUAUAAUAGGUUUAUGUAUAUAUGAAAUUGGGAAGGGAGUACAUUCUUAGAACAAGAGUUUUUUUUUGAAGUUUAUUUAUUUAUUUUGAGAGAGAGAGAGAGAGCACAUGCAAAUGGGGGAGGGGCAGAGAGAGAGAGAGAGAGAGAGAGAGAGAGAGAGGGAGAAUCCCAAGCAGGCUCUACAAUGUCAGUGUGGAGUCCAAGGAGGGGCUUGAUCUCACAACCACGAGAUCAUGACCUGAGCCGAAAUCAAGAGUCAGAUACUUAACCGACUGAGCCACCCAGGUGCCCUGAUCUGAACUUUGCAGGAAGGAACCUUCAAAGUGCUCUAAAAUGCUUUGGGAAACAAUAUGGCAGUUCUGGAAAAAAUUAAACCAAAAAUUGCCAUAUGAUCCAGCAAUUCCACUUCUAGGUAUAAACCCAAUAGAAUUGGAAGCAGGGACUUGAACCCCCAUGUUCAUAGGAAUAUUAUUCACAAUAGCCAAAAGGUGAAACAACCCAAAUAUCCAUUGAUGGAUGAGUGGAUGAAGAAAUAUGGUAUAUACACAAAAUAAAAUAUUACUCAGCUUUAAAGAAAACAAUUCUAAUAUAUACUACAACAGGGAAGAACAGAGUCCUGCCUUACCAUUCUUUAACAAGAGUUAGGAAUAAUUUUUUCUUUAACAAAACUUUCGAUCUUGAAGUCAGAGUGAGAGCAGUUAGAGAAAGAAAGAUACAUAAAGGAACCAGAAUGACAAUGGAGGGUACAUCACUGAGCCUUACCACCACUGCUAUGUAGUGAGAAGGAUUUCUUGAAGAACAGGUUUUGAUCAUGGAGGCCAGACUAGUCCAAUAUGAAAGGUGAAAUGAGAUAUGUGUGGACCUCACUGUUUUCAACGAAAGUAUUAGAAACCUUUUUGGUUUUUUUGUUUGUUUUAGUUAUUACUAGACCAGAAAGGGUAACUGGGCCCCAAAGAACUCUCAUCAAGGGAGGUGAGAUUUCAGAGAACAGACUGGAAUAAUUUCCACCCUGCCACCCCAACCAGAGAAUGAAGUCUCAGGAAGCUGUAGAGAUGUGCCCUCUUAAAAGGUUAGAUAAGGAGUCAACAAUAAGUUUAAUUGGGCAAUCACCCUUUAAAGACUGUGACAGUUACACCAGGUAGUCACGCAACUGUGGCCAGAUUUGAGGCAGGAGGGCUGAGAUGAUGAGUGUACAAUGCUUCUAGCCUUACCAGUGAGUUUUGAGGUGGCUCAGUUAUUAGAAGACAGACAGACAGAGAGAGAGAGAGAGAAGGAAAUUCUGAGACACAUUACAACAUGGAAGAACCUCGAAAACAUUACACACUAAAUAAGCCAGUCACAAAAGCACAAACAUUGCAUGAUUCCACUCAUAUGAGGUGCCUAAGGUAGUCAAAUUCCUACAGAGAAUGUAAUAGUGGACCCCACGGGUGGAGAGGAAGGGGAAUGUGGAGUUAUUGUUUAAUGGGUCUAGAGCUUCUGGUUGGGAAGAUGAGAAGAUCUACAGAUAGACAGUGUGAUGGUUACACAACCAUAUGGAUGUAGUUGAUGGCACCACACUUAAAAAUGGUUAGGGGUGGGGGCACCUGGGUGGCUCAGUCAGUUAAGCGUCUGACUUUGGCUCAGGUCACGAUCUCACGAUUUGUGAGUUUGAGCCCUGAGUGGGGCUCUGUGCUGAUGGCCUGGAGCCUAUUUCAGAUUCUGUGUCUCCCUCUCUCUCUCUGCCCCUCCCCUGCUCAUGAUCUGUCUCUCUGUGUCUCAAAAAUAAAUAAAUCUUAAGAAAAAAAUUUUUUUAAUGGUUAGGAGAGUCAGGGUGACUCAGUCGGUUGGGCAUCUGACUCUUGAUUUUGGCUCAGGUGGUGAUCUCACAGUUCGAGAGUUUGAGCUCUGCAUUGCGCUCUGCUCUGACAGUGCAGAACCUACGUGGGACUCUUUCUCUCCCUCUCUCUCUGUUCCUCUCCCACUUGUGCUUGCUCUCUCUCUCUUCAAAUAAAGAAACUUUUAAAAUGGUUAAAAUAGUAGAUGUUAUGUGUAUUUUACUGCCAUUUUUUAAAAAAGUGCUUGAAGAUUGUAAUAAAUUCAUGCAACGUGUAAUGCCACUAACAUGCAGUAGGGGGCAAAGGAGCUUAAGCUUCACUGAAAAGCUUGAUUCGAGCACUCCUGCAGCCAGUUCUGGUCCAGCCAACAAAUCAUCCACACCUGCAGCUUUGCUAGAGUCGCUGCAAGCCAGGGGGUAAGAACUAUUAGCCUUGUUUGCUCUAACACUCAUGAGAAAGAAAUAAGGGUGGGAUGGGUCUUUUCUAAAGAAGAGAUCAUUCGAACACAUGUACAUGGGAGGAAAGUAGCCUUAUUCAGAUUUUUAGUAUUUAUUAUUUUGCCUAUAUUCAUCUAAAGAUUAACAAUUAAUGAGUGAUGUUGGGGCUACUGAUCUAAGGACUUGAACUGUCUUGUAGGUGCUUGAGGGUUUGGAUUUUCUUUCACUGGUCGCUGAUUAAACCUGGUCAGUUCUUCUACUCAGAAUGGAUGAUCCCAUCCUUGUGUGAUCCAGAUUGCUGUUGCCACCAACCUGAAGACAUAUGGAACCAUAAGGACAGGAACCAUUCUGUUUAUUUCUGUUUUAGACCUUCCAUGUGAAUGGGAUUUUGAACUCAUCUUCAUCAUUCAUAUGAAGGAACCAAGUGAUUGAAUCCUUGGAAUUACAAUGACACUUAUCAGAAGCAUUUAUGUAUUUUGUAGUAUUGUUAUGUCAGUGCUGGGCUACGUGUCAAAGCCGCCAGAAGACAGGGAAUUGACAACCAACUGCUCCAACAUGUCCCUAAGAAAGGUUCCUGCAGACUUGACCCCAACCACAACCACACUGGAUUUAUCCUACAACCUCCUUUCUCAACUUCAGAGUUCAGAUUUUCGUUCUGUUUCUAAACUGAAAGUUUUGAUUCUAUGCCAUAACAGAAUCCAAGAGCUGGAUAUCAAGACCUUUGAAUUCAACAGAGAGUUAAGAUAUUUAGAUUUGUCUUACAACAGAUUGAAGAUUGUAACUUGGUAUUCACUGGCAGGUCUCAGACAUUUAGAUCUUUCUUUCAAUGACUUUGACAGUGUGCCUAUCCAUGAGGAGGCUGGCAACAUGUCACAUUUGGAAAUCCUGGGUUUGAGUGGGGCAAAAAUACGAAAAUCAGAUUUCCAGAAAAUUGCUCAUUUGCAUCUAAAUACAGUCUUCUUAGGAUUAAGAAGUCUUUCUUAUUAUGAAGAAGGUAGCCUGCCCAUCUUAAACACAACAAAACUUCAUAUUGUUUUACCAAUGAACACAAAUUUCUGGGUUCUUUUGCGUGACGGAAUCAAGACUUCAAAAAUACUAGAAAUGACAAACAUAGAUGGCAAAAGCCAAUUUUCAAGUUAUGAAACUCAACAAAAUCUUACUUUAGCGAAUUCCAAGACAUCUAUUCUAUUGCUUAAUAAAGUUGAUUUACUCUGGGACGACCUUCUCCUCAUCUUCCAGUUUGUUUGGCAUACAUCAGUAGAAUGCUUCCAAGUCCAACAUGUGACUUUUGGAGGCAAGGUUUAUCUUGACCAUAAUUCAUUUGAUUACUCAAAUACUGCAAUGAGAACGAUAAAAUUGGAGCACAUACAGUUCAGAAUUUUUUAUAUUCCACAGGAAAGGGUCUACUUGCUUUUUACCAAAAUGGAUAUAGAAAACCUGACUAUAUCAGAUGCACAAAUGCCACACAUGCGGUUUCCUAAUUAUCCUACAAGAUUCAAACAUUUAAAUUUUGCUGAUAAUAUCUUAACAGAUGACCUGUUUAAGCAACCUAUCCAAUUGCCUCAUUUGAAAACUUUAAUUUUGAAGGGCAAUAAAUUGGAGACACUUUCUUUAGUGAGUUUCUUUGCCAACAACACAUCCUUGAAGCACUUAGAUCUCAGCCAGAAUCUGUUACAAUAUGAAAAUGAUGAAAAUUGCUUUUGGCCAGAAACCUUGAUCACUAUGAACCUGUCAUCCAACAAAUUUGCUGAUUCUGUUUUCAGGUGCUUGCCCAGAAGUAUUCAAAUACUUGACCUGAAUAAUAACAAAAUUCAAACUGUCCCUAAAGAGAUUAUUCAUCUGAAGUCUUUGCGAGAACUAAAUCUCGCAUUUAACUUUCUAACUGAUCUUCCUGGGUGCAGUCAUUUCAGAAAACUCUCAAUUCUGAACAUUGAAAUGAACUUAAUUCUCAGCCCAUCUCUGGAUUUUUUCCAGAGCUGUCAGGAAGUUAAGACUCUGAAUGCAGGAAGAAAUCCAUUCCGGUGUACCUGUGAAUUAAGAGAUUUCAUUCACCUGGAAAAAUAUUCACAGGGCAUGAUGAUUGGAUGGUCAGAUUCAUAUAUCUGUGAAUACCCUUUGAAUCUAAAGGGGACUCGGUUAAAGGAUGUUCAUCUUCCUGAAUUAUCUUGCAACACAGCUCUGUUGAUUGUCACCAUUGUGGUUAUCAUGCUAGUUCUGGGGACGGCUAUGGCCUUCUGCUGCCUCUACUUUGAUCUGCCCUGGUAUCUCAGGAUGCUGGGUCAGUGGACACAGACAUUGCAGAGGAUUAGGAAGACAACCCAAGAACAACUCAAGAGAAAUGUCCAGUUCUAUGUGUUUAUUUCAUAUAAUAAACAUGAUUCUACCUGGGUGAAGCAUGAAUUAAUUCCCAAUCUAGAGAAAGAAGAGAACUUGAUUUGCCUUCAUGAAGGAAACUUUGAUCCUGGUAAGAGCAUUACUGAAAAUAUCAUGAACUGCAUUGAGAAAAGCUGUAAGUCCAUCUUUGUUUUGUCUCCCAACUUUGUCCAGAGUGAGUGGUGCCAUUAUGAACUUUACUUUGCCCACCAAAAUCUCUUCCAUGAAAAUUCCGAUUACAUAAUUUUUAUCUUGCUAGAACCCAUUCCACUCUACUGUAUUCCUACCAGAUAUCCUAGGCUGAAAGCUCUUAUGGAAAAGAAAGCAUACUUGGAAUGGCCCAAAGAUAGGCGUAAAUGUGGACUUUUUUGGGCAAAACUUAGAGCUUCUAUUAAUGUUAAUUUAUUAGAAACCAGAGAGAUGUGUGAACUACAGACAUUUGUGGAGUUGAAUGAAGAGUCUCAAGGUUCUGUAAUCUCUCUGAUAAGAACAGACUGCCUAUAAAAAUCCUCCCUUCCCGUAGGGAAAUGGGCCUUGCAUACACCGUGGGGAUAGAAAUUGAUACAGCCUUUAUGAUGGUUAUUUGGCAAUAUCAUUUAAAUGAAAAAUGACUACUUUUAUGUCACUUCCUCGAAGGAUUUCUAAGAAUGUAUCCUACAGAAAUACAAGUUUGCAAAGGCUUCUAUAAAACGGUGUUCAUCCCAGAAUUAUUUGUAAUACUGAAAAAUUGAAAACAGCUCAUGUUUCCACAGAAUAAAAACGAAUUCAAUAAAUUAUAGUUCAUUAAUGCGAUAAAAUGUUACACAGCCAUUAAAAAGAAUGAGGUAGUUCUAUAUUUACUGGUAUGGAGAAAAUUAUAUUAAUAUGGUGGUUUAUAUAUUGAAAUAAAAGUCUAAAUGAAUCUAUAUUCAGUACUUUGGCAUACUUUGGUAUACUUUGGCGAUUUCACUUUGGUAUAGUAACAGUGUUUUAGGCCUGGGAGGUUAUAUUACAGAAAACUUUUGGUUUCUAUGUUGUAUAUUUCCAUAAUGUUGGAGUUACUUAAGUGAAUCUAUAUUUAUUAGGUAGAAAAAACAAAAAAGAUAAUGUUUAAAGCCUAUGCAUCCUACUCAUUUUGCUUGAUUCUUCCUUUCUAGUCUCCCCAGUCAUAGAAAGAAAACAAGCUUUUCUAAAUUUUGCAAAAUUAUAUUUCAAAAAAUGUUACCUCCUUCAUUAGAAAAAUUUCUGUGACUUACCCACCUGAUAAAGGAAGAAAAUGGCCAUGCUUGUUUAAGAUCUGACACCAAUCUCCUGUUACCUUCCUGCCUCCUAUCAUUGAGCCGUAUCAAGUUAUUGGCCCUUUUCCAGAACAUCCAGUCUCUUUCUCUGCCCCCAGACCCUAACAUAUUGCAUGACUGACUGUACAAUCCAAAUGUCAACUUUUUUUUUGAAAACUUCCUCACUUCUAAGUAUGAUGCCCCUUGAUUCUCCAUAACACUUCAAAUAUAUUUAUAUCACAAACUGAUCAUAUAUAUUUUUAAAGUUUCCCAUUCUCAUUAGAGUAUGAGCUCCUCAAAGGCAAGGACAGACUUCCCUCUGCCCUUAUAUCAACAGGUGUUUACUCAGUCCCUGGUUCAGAGAAGGUGUCAAUAAGUGUUUAUGGAAUGGAUGCCAGGUAAGCUAGAGGAACUUAGCAGGGACUCAACCAGCUUCAGGAUAGAAAGUCAGGGGAGAAAGGCAGAGAAUCCAGAAUUGAAGUAUUUCUGAGUAUAGCUUGAAUUAUGUGAAAUUGCCAAUAUGUGGUUGCUCUUGACCUACAAUGCCUACUUCAUCUCAUUCAAUCUAAUAAAACUAAUAUCCUAAGUAGGGUAAAAUUAGGCUCUGCAUCUACCUUAUUUCCUUAUAGUUGUGGUCUUAUGAAUUUCUCAUGCUAGCAGUCAUUUGAGAAAUUGUAUUCAAGAUGGUCAACUUGAGAGUAUAGAGACAAGGUUGGGUGUCAAUCUCCAAGCCAGGUUGUGCUACCAUUUGGCCAAUGACCAGUCUACUUGGAGGAGCUAGAGCUCAGCAGCCUUGAGGCUGAGUGUCUCUUCUUCCUCCCUUAUGAGCUCAUGGUCUGUUUGGUAAAAGGGGAAACCCAAAGAAACCACAGUGCAGCAAGAUCAGAGAAUGGGGAGAAUGCUUUUCCAACCAGGCUUUUUGCAUCUGGGCCAUUGCUAUUAGUGUGAUUCAUGGCUUCUUGAGGAGUCAGACAGACACUGUAUGAGUAUUUUUAAAUCUUGAGUAAAUUACUCAGUGUGAGACAUUUAUCUUUAAAGAUCAGUUAAUUGAGAACAUGUAAAGUAGGUAACAUUAGUCCUGAAGUCAAUAGGGUUGAGUUAUUCCAUGGUAGAAUCCUCAAUUUAAUAAUGUGGUUUUAAAAAUAGAUGUAUGUUGUCACAAUUAAAAAAUAAUACAUUAGGUAUACCU